UCCAUCUCUCUGCAAUUGCGCGACGACUCUGUGUCCCUGGCUCUUGACCUACCUUCCAUUGGACUCCCGUGUCCUGUCUCUCGACUAAUUUCCCUCUUUUCACCCUUUUCCAUUUUUCAGAGGUCUCAAGAUGCCCGCCACGGCGUCCCGUGCAGUGCUCCGGCAAUCGCAGUUCCUCGUUCGGAGGACUGCCGUGAGACACGCCUCCUCCACCUCCGAGAAGGCCGGUGAAGCUGCGCAGUCCGCUGCCUCCAAGGCCUCUGAUGGUCUCUCGCGUGUCUCUUCCACCGCUGGUCCUGCCCUGUCUGGCGCUGCCCAGUCGCUCAGAAAGAUUGGCGGCCGGACCGGAAAGGUCAUCUCUCUCAUCGACUCAAUCUCUCGAUCUACUUCUCUUGAUAUCGGUCAUUCGACGAAAGUGAAGGACAUCGGCGUGAUAAAUGUGUUCAUUGGCUCCAUGAUACCCCCCACUCUUUACUACUCGAAAGUCGGCCUUGAGCUGGCCAGACUCGUCUUCCGUGGCCAGAACAUGAGCCCCCCGAACUUGGUCACUUUCCAGUCGUACUUCCAGCCUCUGAUCAACGGCUUCCGCAACCCUGCGACCCUGAAGAACGCCAACUUCGUAUCACCCGGCGACAUCCUGGCCCGUGUCCGCGGCGCCAGCAAGAAGGAGAUCGCCCUGGCGGGUGUGACCGCCGCCGAGGUUAUCGGUUUCUUCACUGUCGGCGAGAUGAUCGGCCGCAUGAACAUUGUCGGCUACCGGGGCCACGCUGAGCACCACGGCGACCACUAAAUCAAGCGUGAUUGAGUAGUCGUGCUGGCCCCGUCUUGUUCCUUCCCCCGCUUUCCUUUAGUCAUUUCUUCCCUUUUCUAUUUCCCUUGUGUCCUGUACUAUUGUAUGAUAGACGAUGGAAUAUAACUGUUGUCUGAGGUUAUUUUGGAGAUCUCUGGGUAUCUGGUUGUCUUACUAUGACUGGAUUCUCGAGGGAUCCGGCGAGGGCUGUGUGUGGAGGUUGGCAUGGAGUUGCCUGUACUAUCAGGAAAUAGACCUUUCCUUUGU